AUGGCGCAAACAGAACCGAUUGUCACCACUGAAAGUGACUCUACUUUGUUGCGGCACAAACCAAAGUCCACGCGCGCCCAAGGAAUUUCCACCCACCGAGCUGGAAUUGCUUGGAGCUGGUUCUUGAUCACCGUCCCUAUUUCUGCACUGACUGCUGUCUUCCUGGUGCUUGUGUUCCAUUACCGUAUCUACCACGGAGACCCCCCGUUUCAGAAUCUCCGCUUGGCCUCCGCAGACGAUGAGAAGGAUGUGUACUACGUUAAUCUGAACUCAAGCGUCGUCCUCUUCGUUACGUCCUGGGCCAGCUCCGUGGCUCCCAUGUUAUCGGGCUUUGUGUUGGCCCUAGCUUCGUUUCCAAUCGCGCGCCGAUUAUCCCAUGACAUCCAGCGUGGUCGUGUAGAUCACUUGCCCACCCCGUAUCAACUGGCUUUGACGUUGAAGUUCAUUGAUGGGAGUCCUCUUGGUGCAACGUGGGAUUGGAUCCUCUAUCUUCUUUCAUGGGAGAAGAAGAGCGAAACCCAGACGCCGCCUCUCAGAGCAGCUUCGACGGUUGCUUUACUUGCAACGCUUCUAGGAUUGCUUGUCUCUGUUGCCGACACUUGGCUCCAUCUCACGACGACCACCGUCGCAUUUACCCGAGUAUUCCCAAUCACCAACCAUACGGAUUACAGCUUUGGCCUUUUGCCACAGUGUCUCAAAGGUAACAAUUCUGUGGCAGCGCAGCGGGUCGAUGCGAACGGCCCGGUAAUGAACAACGUCUCCGAUCAGGCUACGGUAUACACAUAUGCCGACGAGCACAAGGUGCUCUACACAUACCUGGGGGUACCUGAAAGCGCAUCGCUGUCCAUCCGAGACUUCACAGCCAAGACUUACGGUGCCAGGACCCAGUGCCAGCUGAUCUCGACGAAAUGCGACUUGAGGAAUGUGGCCUCGUCGGUCAAAUUCAAUUGCUCCGCUGGCUUUUCCGGGUUUAUCAACUCCCCCGAUCUGCAGGUAGCAUUCUUCGAGAACGAAAGUAUGAGCAAAAACCUUAGGGGCAACGUGGUGUCCAACUACGGCACUGGCAACCCUUAUUACUUCGCCCUAGCGUCCAUGGUGAACCUGUCCGGAGGCAAGACGCCCAAUUCAACCGAGUUUGUGCAAAGCCUCCAUGGCGUCCCGACCUAUGUCCUGGGCUGCAACACCACGAUCUACGACAUUGAGUACGACCGCCUCAAUAACACCGUGACCCGUUUUGUGCCCACGGUCAGCAACACCUCGGUCAGCAACAUCUGGCAGACAAGCAUUUCGCAGACCCAAGAUUGGUUCCCCUUUUUCCAGCAGGCUGUUGGCACGGCGAUCUUCAGCGAUACGGCCCAGGAGUUCGCGGAACAAGUUGCCCUGGCCCUUAGCAAAGUGACCAUAGCCCUUGGGGCGGAUGGGCUCGGGGUACGGCCUGCGCUGGCCGCCCAGGAGAGACAGACAUUGCUCGUGGCACGCAUCCCUGCGGCCCCGCUUGUUACCCUGGUCGUGGUCUGUCUACUGUAUGUCGUGUGCGGCUUGGUCCUCACGGGGUUCGCUGCGUGGAGUGCCCAACAUGGAGUCCCGGAUGUGCAGGCCCGGCUUUCAAUCGCCGGCCUAGUUGCGGAUCGAUUCGAGGAACCCGGUUUGCGGAGCCAGACCGAUUCUGUUGAGCGGAUGUUCGCUGAGUACUCUGGAAAGGAAAGCAAAAGAAUAGCCAUCGAGGCUGAUAGGGAUGAGGUUUAUAGAUAUACAAUCUGGCAGAAGCCAUAA